UCAGGCAUUUCUUUACCAACACUUAUUGUGGCGUUCCUUUUCAAAUUUUUUUCGCUUGUUUGUUUACAUGGCUUUGGUUGAAUAAUAAUAAUAAUAAUAAGCAAUAGGCAUAGCGUUUAUAAUAACAAAGAGUGACAAUGUUAUCCAACCGGGCCUUUGGAGAAACAAUUGAGGAGUACGAAGUACAGCACUUGUUGGGUAAAGGAGGUUUCGCGAGUGUCUAUAAGGCAAGAUGCCUACACACGCACCAGGAUGUAGCUAUCAAAAUGAUCGACAAAAAACUCAUCCAGGGCACAGGAUUGACCAAUCGGGUGCGACAGGAGGUGGAGAUCCAUUCGCGUCUCAAGCACCCUUCAGUGCUGCAGCUGUACACGUUCUUUCAAGACGCCAACUACGUUUAUUUAGUACUGGAACUGGCCCAUAAUGGGGAGCUGCAUCGCUAUAUGAACCACAUUGGCAGACCCUUUACGGAGGCAGAGGCUGCAUCGAUUCUGAGGCAGGUGGUAGCGGGCCUGCUGUACCUGCAUUCCCAUAACAUUAUGCACAGGGAUAUUUCCUUGUCCAACCUGCUUCUAAGCAAGGAAAUGCACGUAAAGAUCGCCGACUUUGGGCUAGCCACGCAGCUCAAGCGGCCUGAUGAGAGACAUGUGACCAUGUGUGGAACUCCUAACUAUAUUUCACCUGAGGUAGUUUCCCGGACAUCCCAUGGUUUACCUGCUGAUGUGUGGAGCGUGGGCUGCAUGCUCUACACCCUGCUGGUUGGUCGGCCUCCCUUCGAAACGGAUGCUGUGCAAACUACUCUUAAUAAAGUUGUCUUAUCCGAAUACAUAAUGCCAACUCAUUUAUCCUUUGAGGCCCAGGACUUGAUUAACAAGUUACUGAAGAAGGUUCCACAUGAGCGCAUUGCCCUGGAACAUGUUCUACGGCAUCCGUUUUUGACAAAGAGAUUGGAGAACAGCUCCAACGGAGUGUACUCAACGCCGGGUGCGUUGAACGUGUUCAGUCAGAGCCUGGAGAGUGGGGACAGUGGGAUUAUCACGUUCGCAAGCAGCGACUCCAGAAACUCGCAGCGCCUUCGGUCGGUAGAAAAUACGGCACCCCUUCAAGGAUUACCACAAAUACAGGAAGAGUAUAUGCAGGACAAGUACCGGCCCACCUAUGAUCAGCCGGGCUUAUUCAAGCAACCCUCUAGCACCCGUAUGGAACACAAUUGGUUGACGACCGAAAAGGAUACUCCCUUCCGCAUGGACGUUCCCAUGAAAGAGAAGCCUGCUCCUCUAAAGGAGGAACGCAUUUCGGUGCCUCCACUAAAUACCAAGAGAUUGUUACCGACGCGAUAUAAAACAAAAAAUGCAAUUAUGAGUAUUUUGAGGAAUGGCGAGGUUGUACUCGAGUUUCUGAAGUAUCGGCCGAAGUUUAAUGAAGACCGAGUUACUGAUAUUUGUCGCAUUUCGGACGAUGGAAGGCGUAUUAUAAUUUACCAACCUGAUCCCGGGCGUGGCUUACCCAUAAGAGAUCAUCCACCAGAGCUCCAGAUACCGAACGAGGACUGUGUUUACAACUACGACAGUUUGCCUAGCAAACAUUGGAAGAAAUAUGUCUAUGCCGAUCGUUUUGUGGGCCUAGUAAAGAGCAAAACACCGAAAGUCACCUACUUCAGUGCAUUGGGAAAAUGCCAACUGAUGGAAACGAUGACGGACUUUGAGAUUCGCUUCUAUUCGGGGGCCAAGCUGACGAAAUCGCCCUCUGAGGGACUUAAGGUUCAUAAUGCGAAUGGGAUGCUAUUAUCGGAUCAUGUUGGCUCAGAAGCUCGAUCCAUGAUAGAUCAUGGAAACGAGUGCUUCACACACUGUGUCAGCAUCAGCAAUGCCUUGGAAAUGGCCCAGACUAAAGACAAUAGUUGUUUUCCUGUCACGAUCGGACGCAGGCCAGUCACAGAGGUGCAACCAUCCCAAAGGCUUGACGGUCUCAGGGAUACUACGAACUUUGCCUAUUCAACACCAAAAUCGAAUCAGGGCUCAAUCAACUUUUCUGUAAGCACUAUUUCGUCGAUUCGAAAUACCACUGACUUUGGAUCAAACUCCUCAAGAACAAAUAUGCGGGCCUCUCAGCAAAAUAUUCCGAUUAAACGCAUCAAUCUUCCAGAUAUUGGAGUGGCUACAGAGUUAUCCCAUGGAGUUGUACAGGUGCAAUUUUAUGAUGGAUCUGUGGUGUCUAUUAUCCCGGACAUUCAAGGAGGCGGUGUAACUUACACCCAAUCGAACGGAAUUUCCACUCACUUCGGCAAAGACGACGACUUGCCAUUCACAGUCCGAGAAAAGCUCAGCCAGCUGCCGCACAUUCAGCUGAAGUUGAAGACAGCUCCUCUUUUGAGCAACAGCAGGAAGAUUGAAUUCAAUGCAAUGACUCCCAAAACGACAACGCCUUGCUACAAUCGCAUGCUUUUAUAAUCAAAUCAAAAAGUUAUACUU